AUGGGAUCGGUUUGGUUCCAAGUGUUAACAUUGGUAAUAAUACAGGGUGCCUUUCAAGAGCUGAAGCUUUUUGGAUCGCCUUCACAAGCCGAAGUACAGUGUGUGAACACAUUUGAGGAUAUAGGCAAAGGCGGCGAAGGAGACGAGAUUUAUAUUGACAAUUCAUUGGUGGACCAAGAAGAGGGAGAUGUUGAGGGGUCGGGGAGGUAUGGGACAAUCCCGCCAUUUCCGCCUCCACCACCCGGACUUAACGGUUAUGCCCCAAUCUUAAGAGGUGAAAAGGGAGAGAGAGGACCAAGGGGUUUACCCGGAGAAUCGAUACGCGGACCACCAGGACCUCCAGGACCGCCAGGGCUUCCCGGUAUACCUGGAACAGCUAUCGUUGAAUCAUCUGGAGAUGAUCAAAUUUUCGGUGAGAACUACGCAUCAGUCGGGCAAUGUGGCUGCAACAGCAGCACACUAAUGGCACUUCUCGAGUUGGCACCGGAACUCCGAGGUCCUCCAGGUCCACCGGGGGUCACUGGCGCAGAAGGGCGCAUUGGACCACCUGGCAUACCUGGUCAAAUGGGGCCAACCGGUGAACGUGGUCCGAUUGGUCCUCGGGGCGAAAAGGGUGAUAGAGGGGAUGAAGGUCCCCGUGGUCCAGAAGGCAUAACGGGACAAAAGGGAGAACCUGGCGUUGAUGGAAGACCUGGCACUGCUGGACCGCCUGGACCACCUGGAUCGCCCGGUUCGUCUGACUACGGUAACUUUGAGUCAAAUUGGAAACCUAGGCAAAUAUACAAGGAAUCACUUUUGGGGGCUUACGGCGGAGGUGCGAUUGGCAGACCCGGGGCUCCUGGUCCUAAAGGGGAUGCGGGGCAAUCAGGGCCCGCUGGACUUCAAGGAGAACGGGGAUUUGCUGGAGCUAAGGGUGAACGUGGCCUUCCAGGUCAAAGUGGUUUAAAAGGGGAUCGUGGUUAUCCUGGCCCUAAAGGUGACAGAGGAGUAAAAGGUGACCGUGGAGGUCCUGGUUUGGAUGGCCGUCCAGGACUUCCGGGGGCAAACGGACGCUUUGGUGAAAAGGGCGAAAAAGGAGAACGUGGCUCACCUGGACCGCCGGGUCCACCAUCGAUUCCUGUCGCAGGUUUUACGACCGAGGAUUCAGAAUUCCUUUCAUCUGGUCGAGUCGUUGCCGGAUUGCAUGGAGAGAAAGGCGAAAAGGGUGAAAAGGGUGACCCUGGAAAAGAUGGCAUACCAGGUUUUCCAGGCAAGGAUGGAAAAUCAGGAGAACGUGGAGAUAUUGGCCCUUCAGGAAUGCCUGGUAUGUCUGGACCCCCGGGUGCUUCAGGUUUAAAAGGAGAAAGGGGAGAGAGAGGCCCACCCGGACCAGUAUCAAUAACUUCAGGUGGCUCUGACAUAAUAACAGUCAAGGGCGAAAAGGGGGAUCUAGGACCCAGAGGUAGAAGAGGUCGAUCUGGACCACAAGGACCUAGAGGACUUCAGGGGCCACCAGGUGUACCUGGACCUCCGGGAAAAGCCGGAGAUAAAGGUGAAACCGGACUUCCUGGAUGGAUGGGACGCCCGGGUACAUUUGGUCCUCCGGGGAACACCGGACCUAAAGGUGAAAAAGGAGACCCAGGCGUGAAUAUUUUGGAUGUCUCAAUGUUCAAAGGUGAAAAGGGAGAUCGUGGUGACAAUGGAUUUCCAGGCCCCAAGGGAAUUCAGGGUCCACCGGGCCCACCAGGCAUUGCUCCAAAGUCGGAUGUUGUCCAGUACGUGCCGGGUCCACCAGGGCCGCCUGGACCUCCCGGAUCUCCGGGUCUAGCUAUAGUGGGUCCUAAAGGAGAACCCGGAAUCAGCUAUAUGGAAGAAGGUCCCAUUCAUGGCAGUACGAAGUUCUUCGGCAGACCAGUUCAAAAAAGUGCUUUUGACGAAUUGAAAGCUCUAACAGAAUUAAAAGAACUAAAAGAAAAGACUAAAGAACGUCUUGGUCGAGAUAAUUUUGAGUCAAGAAGUCACCAUGCAGAUGAAUCAAGCAAAACGGUACCAGGUGCGUCGGUAUUUCGGACCACUGAAGAGAUGAUGCGGCUUGCUUCUUCGAGCCCCGUUGGUGCAUUGGCCUAUGUCACGGAGGAACAAGUUCUGUUCCUCAAAGUGAAUACAGGAUGGCAAUAUGUUUUGCUCGGGUCAGUAGUGUCCCAAGCAGCACCGUUGACAACGACGCACUCACCCGUCACACCCCCAAUGCCCGCAGCCAGUCUUGUUCACAGGGGACCAAUAUCCAAUUUAGUUGACUCGCCAGUACUCGCUCCCGUCGGGCCAAGUCUCCGUUUAGCCGCACUAAAUGAGCCUCUAUCAGGUAACAUGCAUGGCGUACGGCGCGCUGAUUACGCGUGUUAUCGCCAAGCCAGGCGCUCUGGUUUAAAGGGAACUUUCAGAGCUUUUCUUACGAGCAGGAUACAAAAUCUGGACUCCACAGUACGUUACGCUGACAGACAUUUACCAGUGGUCAAUAUAAUGGGAGAGGUCCUCUUUAAAUCAUUUUCCAAUAUUUUUGAUGGAAAUGGAGGCUUCAUUGCUGGUAUUCCACGAAUAUACAGCUUUAGCGGGAAGAAUAUUAUGAUGGAUUCUAAUUGGCCACAAAAAUUAAUAUGGCACGGCUCCCACGCAAGUGGUGAACGCGCGUUGGACACGUUCUGCGAAGAAUGGCAGAAUGGAGAGCCCACAUCCAGGGGCAUGGCUGCGUCAUUAUAUUCACACAAACUGCUCUCUCAGGAAAGGUACAAUUCAACGCAAGACGACGAGGACUAUUUGUACAACGCUGAGGAAUAUCAAGAGCUACUUAAUGAUAUAUUUGCUCAACCAUUUAGAGAAGAUUAA